AUGCAAACGUGCACUCCCAUGGCGUCCAGCCCGAAUGCGCUGAUGAAGGUGCUCCUCUGCGCCGUGCUCCUCCUGUCCACGACCACCGUCUCGCGCGGCCACUGCGAGCCUGACGACCACCGCGGCGGGGUGGUGGUGAUCACCGGGCGGAGAAUGCUCGUGGCGGAGAGCGACGCCGCGAGCUCCUCGCUGGCGGCCACGACGACUGCCGCGAGCGUGCCGCGGGUCACUCGCGCCGCGGCGGCGGCGGCGGCGUACUCCGAGUCGAAGAGGGAGAGCCCCGGCGGGCCCGAUCCUCAGCACCAUUAA